CUGAAACUGUUUGCUCUCUCUCUCUCUCCCCCCCUUUGAUUUCCGCACACGGACGGAGCCGAAAUAGGGAUCAAUGGGAACUUUGCGCCGCUAAAAUCAAACUCUGUGUGUGUUUCUAUCUGUUUGGGAGCCUCAGUGGAGACUUUAGAAUGGCCGAAACCAGCCGGCGACGAUGAAGAUCACUGGGAAGACUGACAUCCCGGCGAUUCUCUCCUCCAGGCCGGUAAACGCCUCGCCGUAUCCAGAUCUCAUACCGAAACCGAAGGCUCAGAGACCGCCUCGCUGGAAAUCAAGGAACGCUGGCUAUCCCGGGGCUGGAGUGAGAGUGAAGCGGGACGGAGCUCCGGCAGGGAGGCGGAGCAGGCCAGAGACGCCUCUCCUGCGCUGGAAGUUCGAUGAAGGAUCGUCUCUCAACGAGGAGGUAACGCCGCCGGAGUUCGGCCGGAAAAGCUCCCGGAAGCUCAGAGGGAAGGGGAAAGAGGCGGUGGCGGUCUCUGCGAGGAAGCUCGCUGCUGUCCUUUGGCGGUUGAACUUACCGGAGGUCGUUCCUAUCGCUGACGGCCUGCGGGAGAGGUCUAGUUUUCCGAAGAAGGACAAGUUAGGGUUUCAGCAUGGAGGUGAUCAUAUUGGCUUGCAAUUGCUUGGCCAACACAGUAGCAGGGUUCAUAAUUCUGAAGCAAGGGAUCUGAUGCAGAGCCCUCCUUCUGUCUCAGGUCCAAGAAACGGGUAUUUGUACAAGUUGGAACCUUCAGUUCAGUUUUCCAACUCUGCAAUGGAGGGGGCGACCAAAUGGGAUCCCAUCAGCUGGAAAAGGUAUGAUGAGGUACAACAUACUUUUGGCCAUUUGAAGCAUAUCGAUCGACAAGUAACUACUAUCUCAGCUAUAUCUGCAAUGGAAGUCGAACUUGAACAAGCGCAAGCCCGUAUUCAUGAGCUUGAGACUGAGAAACGGUCUUCAAAGAAGAAACUUGAGCACUUCUUGAAGAAACUCAGUGAGGAAAGGGCUACUUGGCGGAGCAGAGAACAUGAGAAAAUCCGGGCAAUUAUUGAUGAUGUUAAAGCUGAUUUGACUCGGGAGAGGAAAAAUCGCCAGCGGUUGGAAAUUGUUAAUUCAAAGUUGGUAAAUGAGCUGGCUGAUGCCAAAUUGUCAGCAAAGCGCUACAUGCAGGACUAUGAAAAAGAGCGGAAGGCCAGAGAAUUAAUAGAGGAAGUGUGUGAUGAGCUUGCUAAGGAAAUUGGAGAAGAUAAGGCUGAAGUUGAAGCAUUCAAGAGGGAAUCUAUGAAACUCCGCGAGGAAGUAGAAGAGGAGAGGAAAAUGUUGCAGAUGGCCGAGGUCUGGCGUGAAGAACGGGUUCAGAUGAAGUUAAUUGAUGCAAAGGUAACGCUUGAGGAGAAGUAUGCUCAGAUGAACAAGCUAGUAGCAGAUCUUGAGGCUUAUCUGAGUUCAAGAAGCGCAACCCCAGAUGUUGAGGAGAUGAGAAAAGCGGGGAUCCUUUGCCAGGCUGCUGCCUCUCUGAACAUUCAAGACUUCAAGGAGUUCAAAUACCAACCAUCGAAUUCAGAUGAUAUUUUCUCUGUUUUUGAAGAUGUUAAUUUUGGUGAAGCCAAUGAGAGGGAAAUUGAACCAUGUGAAGGAUACAGUCCUGCUAGCCAUGCCUCUAAGGUUCAUACAGUUAGUCCUGAAGUUAAUAUGUUCAAUAAAGAUAGCGUGCAGAGACAUGCUAAUGCAUAUGUUGAUCAGAGUGGUGAUAUAGAAGAGGAUGGGAGUGGGUGGGAGACCGUGAGCCAUGCUGAGGAUCAGGGUUCGAGUUAUUCGCCAGAGGGGAGCAACCCAUCUGUCAACAACAGGAUUGGUCGGGAUAGCAAUGUGUCGGGAAGUGGGACAGAAUGGGAAGAAAAUGCAUACGAGGAGACACCAAUUACCGAAAUCAGUGAAGUUUGUGCAGCGCCAAAGACGCAUUUGAAGAAAGUUUCAUCCAUAUCUCGGCUUUGGAGGUCAUGCCCAAGCAACGGUGAAAAUUUCAAGAUAAUAUCAGUGGAAGCAUUGAAAGGAAGGCAAUCAAAUGGAAGGCUCUCUAAUGCGGCCAUCCUUUCUCCAGACCGGGCCUCAGGUAACGACAGGCUUAGCCCACCCGACCUGUCAGGGCAAUGGAGCUCGCCUGACUCGGGAAACCCACACAUAACUCGGGGGAUGAAAGGGUGUAUCGAAUGGCCACGUGGCAUGCAGAAGAGCAGUUUGAAAGCGAAGCUUAUGGAGGCGAGGAUGGAGAGUCAAAGGAUCCAGCUGCGCCAAGUUCUCAAACAGAAGAUUUAGGUGCAGCAGCAAGUUUUUUCGCUUGUUUGUUCGGGGUCUCAUGAAUCCUCCAAGCUGAUGAGACGAAACCGUGCGUGCUGUUUCUUCUCUAGGAAUGCAAUUAGGAUUCCAGCUGCUACUGAUUGGGAUUGCCUGAAGCCUUGACAUGCAUGGAGAAGGAGGAGGAUAAGUAGAAGGAGAACCUGUGAAUAGAUGGCAUGGUUUGCCUUGCCUUGCAGUAUUCUACAGUUUCAAAGCUUUCAAGCAUAUUGCCCUGGUAAGAGUUGGAACUCGUUGCUUCUAUUAGGAAAACUGGGCUGUUGUUGUAUCAUGCCAUGGGGGGGCUGAAUUGCACUUUUGCUUGUUUAGGGUGUAGGACUCAUAAAGCAACUUUAUGCUAUUUUGUACUUCUCUAUAUUUGCCAAACUUGACAUCAUUAAAAUGCUCCUCCUAUGCUACAGGUCAGUCUUGAUAUAAAUUAUAUUAUAUUUGUCUUCUGCAA